AUGGAAACGGGUUACCCUCCAAACCGAGGGGCCACACUUAAUCGUGGCAAAACUCUCAGCAGGCCUGAACGUUAUCAACCAGCCGUACCACUACUUACAGCUAAAGAGAGUUCAUCUUGGGACCCAUGGGUAGUGUUCUCUCGUGUCGUUACUUUUUGGGCGCCAGGUUCCUUACUUUCUUCGCUGGGUGGUCUCCAUGAUAAAGGGUCACAACAAGCUUGGCGUGAAAAGAUUGCGCUGUGUUUUAUCGCAAUCGUAAUGGGUGGAAUUGUUGCUUUCUUAACAGUCGGUUUCUCUUCAGUACUAUGUCCGCCAUCGGCAGCUAAUAAUCCCACUAAAUUUUUAAGAUAUAAUUCUACUGACGCUAGUGGAAAACUGGGUAUUCUCGGUUGGCAAUUCGACAUCUCACAGUCAAAAACUGCGCCUAAUGUAGACUUUUAUGCACUUUCUGCACAACUAACUGGCCAAGAUAUCACAAAUAGGUUCGCACGUGAUUAUUCAAAAAAUCCCGCAUGUCAAGGAAAAGACAUUCAACAAUUUGCUGCUGUAACAAUGCAACUGUGUCAAAAUAAGACGAUAUGUAACGCCGGUCCAUUGAGUGAUCAGACAUUCCAAGCCUACAACAUCAAAAACACCACAAAACUUGUUGGUUAUGAUUGGAAACAAUUGGCAAGUGAUCCCCUUAAAAAUUAUUUGGUUAUCGACGGUAACGUGCUUAAUCUUGAUCCAUACAUCGCCGCAACCCCUGUAUUGCCAAAUGACAAAGUUGAUGUCGUGAUCAGAACAGUUUUGGGCACUGAUCACAAAGAAGGUGGUAAAGAUGCAACAAGACUUUUCUUUGGACGUCCAGAAUUGAAAGCUUCUGUUAAUUGUUUGCUUCAAAAAUAUUUCGCCGGAAACAUUGACAAGGCAACAAUUGGAUGUUUUACCUCGCAACUCUUCUUAUACGUUUCCUUGACGGUCAUUUUGAGUAUUGUCAUGGUUCGAUUCUUUAUGGCCUGUGUCUUCAAUUGGUUUAUCUCUCCUCGUCUCGCCUUGCCACCAAAGAAAUCUAGUAAAGCUGUAGUGUCACCACAAGUAGUUGUUGGAGGUAGCGGUGGUGGUGCUCGUGCCGCUCCUUGGGCUCAUCGUAAUGAAUCUGGCGCUGUUGUAAAGACAAUUAGCAUGGAUGAUGUCGGCAAUGAUUUAUUCACUGUAUUAUUGGUAACUUGUUAUUCGGAAGGUGAAGAAGGUCUUCGAUGCACUUGUGAAUCAAUGGCGGCAACUGAUUAUCCUGAUGAUCGUAAAUUGCUUUUCUUGGUAUGUGAUGGUAUUAUUACUGGUCAUGGUAACGAUAAGAGUACUCCCGAUAUUGCUGUCGACCUUUUGGAAUUAGUACCCGAGUUCAAAGAUCCUCAACCUCAAUCAUAUGUCGCUGUCGCCGCCGGUUCAAAACAACACAACAUGGCUAAAGUCUACGCUGGUUAUUACCCAUAUAAAGACGGACGAAAAAUUCCAGUUGUCUGUGUCGUUAAAUGUGGUGGUCCCGCCGAACAAGGCAAACCGAAACCUGGUAAUCGUGGUAAACGUGAUUCUCAAUUGAUUCUUAUGAACUUUUUCAGUCGUGUCACCUACAACGAUCGUAUGACUGCUUUGGACUAUGAUCUAUUCCGUAAAAUUCAUCAUCUCAUGGGUGUAACUCCGGACUUUUUCGAAAUAUGUCUUAUGGUUGACGCUGAUACUAAAGUUUAUCCCGACUCACUCCGACUAUUGAUCAACU